AUGCCGAAGAAAGAUCGCGCAUACUCGGUGCGCAUUCCUCCGCAGGUCUGGGAGGGUCAGAAGGAUAGAAUCCUGGCCUUGUAUAAAGAACACAUCCUCUGCAAGGUCCUCGAAAAGAUUACCACUACUGAGUUCAGUCCCAGCGAGAGCCAACUUCGGGAGAAACUGAAAGAGUGGGGAAGCAAAAAGAGACUGUCCGCAAAAGAACGAAAGAAGAUCAAUCGCGAGAUUGAGACCGGCCGAAAAGACAUGUCGAGAAUAUGCAAGGACCUGCAAUCGUGGCUACAGAGGUAUGACCUGACCAUCGUCGAUCAUUCUCGCGAGUAA